GUGAGCUACACAAAUGAAAAGUGCCCUGAUAAAGUAUACGAUAGUCUGGAGAAAUGGAUUGAAAACCACCCCAAUUACCAAUACCUCGCAAAACAUUAUGAAUAUAUGGAUAAUGAGCGACACGAUAUCAUCACCUCUCUCUUUCUUGAUGCAGCAAGGUCUUCUCCGGGAGAAGGAAUGGAUCCAGAUAUUCAAAUAUGUCUUGGUAUUCUGUUCACAUUAUCUGGCGAGCAUGAUAAAGUAAUAGAUUGUUUCAAAGCCGCGCUGGCGAGCAAACCAGAGGACUUUCUUUUGUGGAACAAACUAGGCGCAACCCUAGCCCAUUCGCAAGACAUGGAAGGUGCUCUUGAGAUAUACUUCCAUGCUCUCGAACUUAAUCCAAAUAGCGUCCGAGUACGCUACAAUAUAGCCUUUAGCUGUAUGCGACUGGGCCAACACAAAGAAGCAGUCGAGCACUUGCUUAUAGCUCUCACUCUUCGCCAACGAAAUAUUGCAAAAAUUCACCCAAAAAUCCCUGUAACUCAAGAUUCUUUGUGGAAUACUCUAAAGAUGCUUAUGUAUAUAUUGAAUAACGAUGAGUUGGCUAUUCAUUGUGACACCCAAAACUUGGAUGCCUUUAGAGUAAAAUAUGAGUUUUAAAGAAAAACAAUAAAUAAGCAUUACAAUG